AUGUCUGAAGAUUACUUAAAAAAUCUGAACGAAGCUCAAAUCCGAGCCGUCCAGCAUGCACCAGAUAUUCCCCUCCAGAUUCUGGCGGGACCAGGAAGCGGAAAGACAAGAGUGCUUACAUGCCGUAUAGCGCAUCUAAUACAGCACCAUGGAAUUUCUCCGGAGAAUAUAUGCGCUGUUACAUUCACGAACAAGGCCGCGAGCGAGAUGCGCGAGCGACUCGAUUUGUUAGUCGGAAAACAAAGGACGAGCUCGUUGAAGAUGGGUACUUUCCAUGCCAUUUGUGCGACAUUUUUGAGGAGGUAUGCAGGAUAUGCAGGAAUAGAAAGCAACUUCUCUGUAUGUGGCGCAGAUGAGAGCAAGAAAAUUAUCAAAAAGCUAUUAGAACCUCAUCAAAAAAGCCUCAUUUCACAAAAUCUUAUUUUGAAAGACGAGUCUGUGUUGUCAGCCAUCUCCAAAGCAAAGGCCAAGGGAAAGGCUGCCGAUGAUCUCCUGGCUGAGUGUAGUCCAAGUCGUAGCCGGCGUGCUGAUUCCGGAGAUUCACUGAAGAGCCAGCAUGCUGUAAGCCUGGACCAACUUGUCGCGAACAUAUACCAAGAAUACGAAAUGGCUCUCAGGAAGAGCAAUAGUCUAGACUUCGACGAUUUGCUUAUUUUUGGGGUCAAGCUCUUUGCUGAGAAUCGCUGGAUAGGGUCAUGGUGCAAACAUAUAUUAGUCGAUGAAUUCCAGGAUACGAACACUAUGCAGUAUCAAUUUAUGCGGCAUGUUGCUAGAGCAAAUAAAUGUGUGACGAUUGUAGGCGACCCAGAUCAGUCAAUUUAUGGCUGGCGAUCUGCAGAAGUCGAGAACCUCACUAAGAUGCAAAUAGGUGAGAUUUUAUGGACGAAUUAUCGUACAGAAGACUCAGCUUGUCAAGACUUUCCAAGAACUCAGCAAAUCUUCCUAGAGCAGAACUAUCGCUCUACAGGGUCUAUUCUAGCUUUGAGCCUAGCAAUAAUUUCCCAGGGUGGGCCUCUCUUCGAAAACAUAGUGGCAGCAUCGCCUGAUGAGAGUGCACCAGACAGGACUCGGAUUCAAAAAACAUUACGAACUACGCAAUCAAAUUGGGCUGCUCCUGUCCUUCGUAAAUUUCCUACUGAACAAAUCGAGGCAGCAUCCAUUGCUGCCGAGAUCAAGCGUUUGAUCGCUUUCACUGGGGGAAUGCUUGCUUGGAGUGACUUCGUCGUACUCUUGCGUUUUACCGCUCACUCACGACUUAUCGAGAGUUCACUUCAAAGGGCAGGUAUUCCAAAUCGUGUACUAGGUGGACAGAGAUUUUUUGAACGACAAGAGGUCAAAGAUAUUCUAGCUUACCUGCAGCUCAUCGACAAUCCUCAGUUUGCUCCCGCAUUUACUAGGGCCAUUAAUGUCCCUAGCAGAGGGAUUGGCGACAAGACCGUCUCGCACUUACUAUCGGCUGCGGAGACCAUGCGAAUAUCCCCACUCGAGGUGGCAAAUCGCAUAUAUAACGGCACUCUUCCCGACAUUCGUCCCUCAGUAAAGCGAAAGCUUGCGUCAUUUGUGCCACAUAUUGAUCGUUUGACUCAGUUAGCAUUGCAGGGAACGUCGCCUGUCAUACUUAUUCGCAAUUUACUGGAAUUAAUCGACUAUAAAGCUCACUUAGGAAAAACGCAGCAAGACUGGGAGAAUCGGUGGGAUAACAUUCAGGAGCUCGUUAACUUUGCUAGAGAGACAGAGUCCCAGGAAGACCUUGAGGCACAGAUUGGCACGCUUGGAGAUGCGGGACCUAUCGAGGUUGAUGACUUCAACGAUGACUAUAUCAAUGUAGACUCUUUUCGAGAAAUUGGUGGACGGGGAAAAGAGAAAGCCAGCACACCUGGCCUCACAGCUACAAGGACUACACCGUUGCGUCGGUUUCUUCAAGCUUCUCUUCUUUCCACAGACACUGAAACGGAGGCAGACGAACGACGCAGAGGGAAAGUAACUAUCUCUACGUGCCAUGCGGCGAAGGGACUGGAAUGGCCGGUUGUAAUGAUCCCUGGCGUCGAAAAGGGCAUCUUUCCUUCACAUCGUGCAGAAGAUAUAUACGAGGAGCGACGACUUUUAUACGUCGCAUGCACUCGUGCGCAAGGUCUUCUGUACCUCUCACAUACCAACACCCGUAUGGUUUCCGGCAAGACUUUAGGUUCCGAAUUGUCAGAAUUUGUCUGGCCUGUGAUUUCAAACAACCCGGUCGCAUUCAAUAACCACCCUCCUGAUAUAAUGCACUCCGACCGUGCGUUCCUAGCGCAACUGUUGAGCCGCAAAGCUCCUGAGGAGGCCGAGGUUACCCGAAUGGUCACCGAAUACAACCGAGAACAUCCACCUAGCCUUGAGAACUAUAGCCAUAUAACCAGCAGAGGUACACAUGACUGGCAAGAGCUUCCUACCGCCCACGUGCCAGAUGUUCCUCAAGUCUUGCCAGGAUUCAAGCUCGCUUCGGAUGGGAUGCCUAAUCCACGGGCACAACCGUUGUCCUCAUCGCGGGGUCGUGCUGUCAGUGCCGCUUGCAGUCGACCAAGAGAUGGGUCAUACUCACCAACACGGAUCCGCGUUGACGGCGCUUCGUCAACGACGCGAGCUAUGAGUGCUACGAGCACACGCGUGGAUGAUGCCAAAUCACCAGUAAUCAAUGCUAGCUCAACGACAUCAAAGGGGCUAGAGUCCACUCUCGACUUUCCCGGAGAUGCCAUGGAAAUGCAUGCGUUUCCUCAUUUGUUUUUCCCUGCUAGGCCGUCCUCGCGCUUGAUAAGCGGAGAAAAUCUAGGAUCACCCCCGUCGUCGAGUUGGUCAGCGGCAGAUAUCCAGUCGCAAGGCCGCAAGGCGGACACCUCGCUGUUGUACAAUUUAGCACGAAAUAACCAACGUCUAAAGUUAGGGCCCCCCUCGUCAUCGAGCCUGUCGUCUACAAGCACUCUGUCCGAAAGCCAGCAGUCUGGUCCGCGGUCAGCCGCCACUACAAGUGAUGUACGGACAAAGAUCACCCCAUCAGCAUGCUUGUCGUCUGCAAGUAGCCGGUCAGAAGACCAAACAGCCUCGACGUCAACAAGCACACGAGGGAAUAAGCGGCAUCUUGGUAUGGGGCGAACAGCAGUAGGUUAUCCAAAUAAGAAGUUUCGAAUACCCACCGGCGACCCUUGA